UAUUUAAUAUUAAUGAGAAUAGCAAAAGAUGGAGAAUAUCCAUAUUUUCAUCAUUUAAAAAAUACAAUCGAUGAGAAAACUCAAAAACUCUUUGACAAAGAUGUCUUGAAUGAAUAAGAAAGAAAUACUGCUGCUGAUCUUUAUAUAGAAUACAAUAAAAAUAUAGCAGAUGUUAAUAAAUUUUUAUUAUUAGAAUAUGCAGUAUUGCAAAAUAAAGUAUUGAUUUAAUUAAUUUAUAAGAUAACUAAAUGUCUUAGAAGUCGUUGUUAUGAUGAUAUUUAUAAAGAUAGAUAAUCAAUAAGAUUUUGUGUAAUAGAAUGUACUCAAGGUCUGAAAGAUGCUGAUAAAUUUGUUUAAGGAUAGUUUCAAUAAUUGAGAGAUGAGUUUUAAGAAUGUAUGGAAAAGACAAAUACAGGAUAAUGGAUGAUUUCAGGUGUUUUCUAAUGUUAUCAUAAUUUAAAUGAAAGGUUUUCAUAAUUAAAAUUAAACAUAAGAGAAGAAUUCAAUUAUUAUUAAUGA